GCCUGUUGUGAUUUAACAUCACUUUUAAUUAGAUAUAACUCGGAAGACAUGGCCGUCUGUGAAAAGAGUUUAAAUAUUUUAACUCAUGUGUUAGAAACUUCCCGACAUAAAGGUGCUAUAGAAUCUGCAGGUGCCGCCUUAGGACAAGCUAUUCAGCAUUUGUCAUCUCAAAGUGAAGAAUCAAAUGCUUCCAAAUUGCCUUACAUUUUGUUGAAAUCAAAACUUAAUAUCUUAAUACAGCAAGCAAGUAAUAUGGCGUCAAUAACACGACGAGGAGCAGGAUUGUCUAUAAUGGUUCAUAGAAUAGUGUCAAGUGAUAUGAAAAAAGGAAAGCCUUUGUUCACCUAUUUUAUGGACAAAUUGUUAGAAGCAUGUGACAAAGUUGACGACAUCCCGAAGUCGAAAGAUAUAGAUAAUAUUGAGAAUCAAGUGGACUUGCCAAAAGCCAUAUACAUCCAUUUUCUGACGAAAAUUGUAACAGACAGCAGUUUAGCCACAGAUGUUACCUACUACUCAUCUAAAUUGGCACAACUAGGAUACAACAAUUUAACAAGUCCACACUGGCAAAUAAGGAAUGCUGCACUACAACUUUAUGGAGCCCUAGUACCUAGGCAAAUAGGACAAAAAAAGGCAUCUGGCAUUGAUGAAGAAACGAUUGCAACUGUAGCAUAUGACGAAUUGAGAACACAUUCUCCAAAAUUGUGGUCAAUCAUCAUAAAUCAAUUAAAAAAUGAAAAUAACUGUGACAAAUUGCAAUCCCAUUCAAAUUUAGUGUCUAUUUUGAAUCUGUUAGCAAACAGUGCAAAAAGAUAUAACUUUUCAUUUAAUAUGUUAGAAGGGACAUCUGCAGAUGAGGAAUUAUUGGAGUAUUUUGUAUUAUUACUCGGAAGUCCAAUAUUUACAGUUAGAAGAUUGACUGCUAAAUGUAUAUUCAACAUAUACACAUUCGAAACAAUUUAUAAAAUACUUAUAAAUCUUGAAAAUCUAUCAGAGAAUUCUCUUCAUGGUCAUCUCACACUGAUGAGACAAUGUCAUAAAUACUAUACAGGCUCAAUGUAUAAACCUCAGUUCAGCAAAUUGCAAGCAAGGUAUUCUACAGUUUUUACAACUAAAAACCAUUCAUAUAUGUGCAAAGAACUCUUUGAUGACAUGUUUUUAGAUAAUGUUACAUUAAAUGAUGUAACACAAGCAUUGGAAGUUGCUCAUAGGAAUUUAUAUAAAGCUGGCAUAGAUACAUGGGUCAAUACUAUUAUUCAAAAGUAUUUAUUGUUUUGUUCAUGGACUGAAGUGCCACAGAUGCUGCAAGUAUUAAUGGAUACAGCUUAUUUUGAAAAAGGCUGUGAAUACAUAAUCAUGAAACUGAAAUCCUUCAACAAAGUUUCUGAAUGUACACUUACAGAAAUAACAAAUACCAUAUUGUUGUAUAAAUAUAAAUAUGGCCGAAAUUUCAUUUGGAAAAUACUAUAUCUUAUAAGUUUAGAAAUACAAAUUACACAUAUAGAUAUUGCAGAGCACUUGAAAGGUACUAAUGAAGAUAGCUUACCAUAUAAUAUGAGAUACUUGCUUCCACUUGCGGCUAGAGUUGUAGCAAUUAGAGACAUAGAUCUGCAACUAAAAUUAGCGAAAAUAAUUCACAAUUUAACUAACCCUCAAAAAGUUGAUGUGGACAUGAGACAUAUUGCAGCUCUUGCAAAUAACGAAAUGGCCUCUAUUUUUGACAAUUUGUGUGAUAAUUCUAAGGUAUUAUUGAUAAAAUCAGCUGUAAAUCUAUUACAAGAUGAAGAUGAGGAUGUGAGGUAUUCAAGUGUCAUUUUCUACAAAACCAUAAACAAAUUAGAAAUGCCUUUAAAUCCUUACAUAUGUUUGCAAAGAAUAUUGGACCCAGAUUUUUUAAAAGACAAUUUCAUGGAUGCACAAAAUGGAAUUAAUAUUCUUUGUAAUGAUUUGUCAGUUUCUCUCCAAACCUCACAAUGUGGUAUAGAUGAAUAUAAUCCAUUUGCCAAUGAUUCUAAAAACAUUUAUUUAGAAAAUGAAGUUUUGAAAAGAUUAAUAGAAAAACUAAAAACUGUUGCAUUUUAAAUAUUUUAUUUUUCUUACUGUUUAGUAUUAUUAUUUACAAAAUUAAAUAUAACUUACACAAAUAACAUGUAUUUACUCAUCAUAAUAAUAUUUUUGUGGGGGCGUUGUGUCAUCUAUUUUUAUGGAAACAAUGUGUCGUCCUGGCACCAUCACUAGACCUAGUACUCUUGGCUCUUCAGUUUCACCAUUGCUAUUCUUGAGAAAUUCAGAACAUGCUCCUAAAAUUAUAUAUUUUUUUAUUUUAUUUGUAAAAUCUAGUUGUUUAUUUAUAAUACACUUGCUCUCUAUGUAAAGAGAAAGUAACACACACUUACACUUUUAUAUAUCAAAGGUGUAAGUGGAGGCCCAUAAUGUGCCAACUUUUGUAAUAUGCGUUCCCUCCUAUGAUGAGAUAAAGGGUGAAACUAUGGCAAUAUCAGGCAGAAACUUCAGUCUCAGGGCUGAUACUAAGGAAAACUUCCCAACCCUAGAUUCGAACCAGGACCAUAGAGCAGUAGUCGUGCCACACACCCAAUACAACUGCACUGCCAAGGCAGUCAGUAAAACAAUCAGUGAAGUAUUUAUAUUGUAAACUUCUAGUAUGGAUUAAAGAUACUUAAUUAAUUUAUAAGUUACAAGUAAAUCAUAAUACAAUACCUAAUAUAACAUUUGCAUCCCUGUCUGUACAGAGAAAAACUCCAAUAAGGACUCUGCCAUCAGACAUUUCAAUUUUGAAAUUCAUGUUUAGCCAUUUUCUUAGUUUUGUUUUACCAUCUUCCAAAUCCUGAAAAAAGAAGAAAUAUUUUUAUUAACAAAAUUGUGUAACCUGCAUUUUAUGUUAACAUUCUUUGUCUGUGAACUGUGUGGUUAAGGAUUAGAUUUAGAUGUCAAAAAUUAGCCAAGAAAGAAAUGAGUUACUUGAGAGAAGGUAUACCACAAACAGUUUUAUUACAAAGCACUGCAUUGCCCUGUGCCCUGAAACAUUAGUUGUUUCUCGUGACAAUCAUAGUAAUUACAAUUACACAAAUUGAGUCAAAAUAGUGCUCGUCGGCGGAAAAGGCAGACAUUACGUGUAGAAGACAAAAUUGUAGUAAAUAUAGUUCUGCAGUUGAUAUGUACAUAAGUAAAUUUACAUAUUAUAAUAAGAGACUGGUAUUCGUUUUAGUUAAAUAUUGUUGGCAAACUGACUCGGUAAACUUAUUACAAGGUUACACCCUUUUAUAUACAGGGACAAAGAAAUAAGUGGAUCCAAUGAUUUAUAGAUGCUCUUUGCCAUUGAUGGCAGAACAACGUAGUGUUUGGUAAAACUUAUCUAUACCUUAGUUAUGUCGAGAGGUUUUUCUAAUCCCAUAGUAUCACUCAUUUUUACAGUUUUAUUUUUAUUUCCAGAAUAUAAUUUCUAGCGCCAGACUGUGUAGCCGUAUUUUGGUAUUACCGUAUUUUGUAAUUUGUUGACAAUUCUCAGAUGUCAUUUGACGGUUGACAAUUUGUUUUUUUUUGUUAUGGCUAUGUCUCAGAACAAGAACAAGCAGGCUAUGUAUACCGAUUUUUAUUUCAAUAUAAAUUACACACAUACGUAAGAUUUGGCAGUUGGUCGUAAGACUCUAAGGACGAAUUAAAAAAAAACAAUAUAAAUGCAUUUAUUAUAAUAUAAAAAAAAAACAUAUUGUCCUGUAUUUGCAACCUUAUGUUUGUAUUGGAAAGAAAGAUUUGUAAUCAACUAAACAAAUAAAUUGUGUGUUCGUUUACGGAA